UUCUUUCUCCCGGAAAUGCGUGAAGCCGCAGGUUGGUCGAAGGAGGAAGUCAGGCUCGCGGCAUCCCUGAGGAAGUUGGGCGCGUGAGGGCCGUGCGGCUCUUGUUCUCCUGGUCGCCAUGCCCCACAGGCGAAAAAAACCCUUCAUAGAGAAGAAAAAAGCUGUCACGUUUCAUGUGGUACACAGAAGUCAGAGGGACCCUUUGGCAGCAGACGACACUGCACCCCAGAGAGUCCUGCUGCCUGCACAAAAGGGCGAUGAAGAGAAGAGAAGAGAAGAACAGAGAAAAUAUGGAGUAUUCUUUGAUGAUGACUAUGACUACUUACAACAUCUCAAAGAAGCUUCUGGGCCUUCUGAGCUUGUACCAUCAAACAGACCAGAUCUACAAGGCAGGAUUGUAGUGACCACAGAAGGGAAGGUAGAAGAGGAAAUUCAACAUAUUCCUGCUCCCACAAUUAACCUGCCCUCAUCAGUGUUUGCAUCAGAAUUUGAGGAGGAUGUGGGACUACUAAACAAAGCUGCUCCUGUUUCAGGGCCUAGGCUAGAUUUUGACCCUGACAUUGUUGCAGCACUGGAUGAUGACUUUGAUUUUCAAAAUCCAGACAAUUUCCUUGAAGAUGAUUUCAUUCUAAGGGCGACCAAUCCAGGGAAUAUAGAUGAGGAAAAGGAAGCUUCUUGGGAGCAUAAAUCUGGAGAUGAAGAUGAAUGGGAGGACAUGGAGGAUGAGGAAGAUGGAAAAAGCAUCGAAGGCGAUGAAGAGUAUGAUUCUGAAGGUCCUUUGUCAGAUGACAGUGAACUCAGAGGAAAGAUGAAAGAAUUAUUUUUCAUGGAAGAAGAGACAAAAAGCCGUUUCACAGAAUACUCCAUGACAUCUUCCGUAAUAAGAAGAAAUGAACAACUAACUCUACUGGAUGAACGAUUUGAGAAGUUCUUUGAACAAUUUGAUGAUGAUGAAAUUGGAGCACUGGAUAAUGCUGAAUUAGAAGGUUUCAUUCAAAGCGACAGUACUCGGUUACAGGAAAUCUUGAAUGACUACUAUAGAGAAAAGGCAAAAAACUGUGUGAAACUUAAUGAACUUGAAAUCAAAGAAGAUUCAGAGCUUCCUCCAGAUGAGGAAGAUGAGAAAGAAGAGCUUGUAACAUUGGUUAUUGAAGAACCCAAAGAAACUUGGGACUGUGAAUCCAUUCUGAGUACCUAUUCAAAUUUGUACAAUCAUCCAAAAGUUAUUGACGUUCCACAGAAGCCCAAACCAGUCAAAGUGUCUAAUAAGACAGGAAUUCCUCUAGCUGUUUUGCCACAAAGGGGACUUACAGCCAAGCAAGUUGAGCGUAUGCAAAUGAUUAAUGACUGUGACCUGCCAAGAGUAUCCACACAACCACGGUCUAAAAAUGAGAGCAAAGAAGACCGGAAAGCCAGAAAACAAGCAAUCAAGGAAGAACGAAAGGAACGCAGGGAGGAGAAGAAAGCCAACAAGUUGGCCUUCAAGCAAGAAAAGACAAGGCAAGAAAAAGAACAGUUGAACCUGAAGCGGAAUAUUCAAGGACUCAAGUUGUCAUAACAGAAGAUGAAUUGUUUUGUAUGAAAGAUACUGAAUUCCUGUCUCUACAUAUAAAAAGGGCACCAUGGACAUUUGGUUUUCAAAAUUCAGAUUUAGUCAUUGAUGUUUGCUAAAAUAUAAACUCCUUUAGGUUGCCACUAAAAUAAAAUUAUAUUUUUCUUGCAUACAAAUUAUGGCAGCUAUUUAUUAACUUUUCCUGAAUUGGGAAAAUGUUCAUUACUUUAAAUAAAAAUAAAAUCCCCCUUUGCGAUGA